CAAGAUCGAUUCGACGACGGUAACCCCUUGCCUCGACGGAAUCUCGCUCGCGCUCACCAAGUCCGACGUUCGGCCGGAGACCAUCCGAAAUUAGGCUAGCGCAUCCCAUUAACCCUAGACUAGACGUCUCAGUCUCGCGGAGCAAAGUCGCCGUCCACAAUUCCCCACCCUCUACUCCCAUUGCGAUCCACGAAUUCACAUGAGCUUUGUUGCUGCUGAAUUUCCAAUGGCUCGGAAGGAUCUCCUCCGUCGCCGGCGGGCCUGCGACAAUGACCGCCUCAGCGCGCUCCCUGACGACCUGCUCCUACUUAUCCUGCGCCGUCUCGACAGCCGCACCGCACACGGCGCCGCGGUGCUCUCCAAGCGCUGGGCUCACCUCCCGCGGGAGCUCACCGCGCUGGAUCUCAAAGCGACCGACACACUGCCACAGCGCUACCGCCGAUGCCUCCUCCGCCGCCGCGAAGCCACGAGAUCGCUGCCACUAGCCCAGAAUGCCAGAAAGCUAGAGGAUAUCGCCGGGCGGUACCAGCGCCGCGCCAUGCGCUCCAUGGUCGCCUCUGUCCGGAGCCUCUUGGCCAGCGGACUUCACCGGCGUGUGAAUAGGCUAUCGCUCGAGAUCUUCGAAGACAACACCUUGGCCUGUAUCAACAGCCUUAUAGUGGACGCCGUUGAUUCCUGGGGCGUCCAGGAUCUCGUGGUCGUUGCCACGCCGACCGAGCGGACCGUGAACACGCCGCCGGCCUACGAUUUCCCCCAUGGUCGCACCAGCAGAAAGCCAGGCGAGUCUCGCCUGCAAAGCCUCAAGCUCGCCAAAUGCUUGCCCCCGCCGCUUGAGGGGUUCACCGCGCUCACCACGCUCGUCGUGCAAGAUUUGCCCAGAUCAACGCCGGCAGCCGUCUACCGGAGGGCGAUUGCCGCGUGCCCGCAGCUGCAAAUUCUGCACCUCAUCCGCUGCGGGUACAAAAGCAAGGCCUUUGCACUGAUACUCAACGCGCCCAUGUCAGGAAUCAGGGAGCUGCUCGUGGACGGCCCGUUGAUGCUAGUUGAGAUCCGCUCUCUCCCGAAGCUCCAGAGCCUCACUGUUCUGCACGCCACCCUGCUGUUGAGCUCCGCCGCCUCCCCUUGCAUCGAGCAUGCGAGCUUCGUCUUCUCCGUUGAUCAGCGGGAAGGUUCUUCUUUCCGGUACAACACGGAGCUGGAGACCAACUCUGCCAUCCUCAUGCGGUUCUUUCAAGCCGCCGUCGGCACGACGGACCUCGCCCUGCGGAUUGCUGGGCCAGGUAUGUGGAUCGCCCUGAAGAAUCCGGUCUGUCAAAUGGCCAACGUCAGGAGGCUGCUGAUUGCGGACGUGCCUUCCUCCUGGGACGUCUCGGGCUCAGGGCCCCACCUCCUCAUCGACGCUGCACCAUUCCUUGAGAGCAUUCACGUCCAUGUUCCCAAACCCGAGGAGGAGCCGUGCCGGAAGCCGCCGCGGCCGCCCUCGACCGCGCGCCGCCACCGCCAUCUGAAGGAGCUGGUGGUCAUCGGCUUUCAGGGAACAGAGAGGCAUCUUCACCUUGUAAGGUACGCGGUGGAAGCGUCCACGGCGCUGAGCCGUGUUGCUCUGUUCAAGCAUGGGCAUGUCAAGGAGAAGGGGCCCUGCGGCUGGGAGAUGGUAACUCUGCGAAGCAAGUGGAGCGACGAGGAGAAACGCGCCGUUCUGGAUAGAGUCUGCUGCCCCACGGCCCAAAUUGAAGUGGUUCUAGGUUGA